CUUUUUCUCUUUCUUUCUUAAAUAUCAGCUUGAAGACGCCGAGUUCGAGGGCAAGAAUUGUUUUUUCGCCAAGAUUGUUAAUGGGUUUAUUUUUCUGCAUCAAAUACUCAUCACUAUUCUUCAUAUCGACCAUAUAAAGGGGAAUAAAAGCAAUUUUCCCUUCAAAUUCCGGUCAAUCUUAUGACGAGUAAAAAAGGGCUUAAAACUCUUCUUCAUUUUCGAUUCAACUCGUUAUUCUCCAAAAACCCACCACCGAAAUUCCCUUCACUAAAUCGUAGUAGUGCCAUAAAUUUCCGACGUAGUCCCUUUUCCAUCAUUUCCAGGUUCAUCUCCACCAGUUUUUCUGAAAAGCUUGAAGGAUUGAUUGAUCCUGAGGACCCAUUGGCGCUGGAGAUUUCGCGGGUCGAGGCCUUUUCGGGUGAAGAAUUCGCCCUCUUGCGUGACUCAUUGGAUUCCAAUUCUGAUUCUGGCUCUUCAGAAGGUAAGACUGGCUUUUCUGGUAAUAAAUUUUCGAGUGUUGCGGUGUCAAUUUCGGAUGCGAUUAGAAGUCGUAUUGGUGACGGAUUUGGUGACCAAACCCAGAAAUUUCUUAGGCAGUACAGGGACAAACUGAGUGAGAGUUUGGUGAUUGAAGUGUUGAGGCUUGUACAAACUCCUGAACUGGGUGUGAAGUUUUUCAUAUGGGCUGGCCGUCAAAUUGGCUAUAGUCACUCUGGUGCUGUGUAUAAUGCGUUGUUGGAAGUGUUACAGUGUGAUGGUAAACAGAGAGUGCCUGAGCAUUUUCUUCUAGAAGUUAAGGAUGCUGAUAGAGAGGUUCUUGGGAAACUGCUUAAUGUUUUGAUUCGGAGGUAUUGCCGAGAUGGGUGGUGGAAUGUAGCUCUUGAAGAGUUGGGCAGGCUUAAGGAUUUCGGGUACAGACCAACCAGAGCAACUUACAAUGCCUUGGUUCAAGUGUUUAUAAAAGCUGAUAGGUUGGACACCGCGCAGUUGGUCCACAAGGAGAUGUCGGACUCGGGGUUUAGGAUGGAUGAGAUCACAUUAGGCUGUUUUUCCCACGCGCUUUGCAAAGUUGGGAAAUGGAGAGAAGCCCUGACUUUGAUCGAGAAGGAAGAGUUUGUGCCGGAUACAAUUCUCUAUACAAAGAUGAUAUCAGGAUUGUGUGAAGCUUCUCUUUUUGACGAAGCUAUGGAUUUCUUGGACAGAAUGAGGUCUAGUUCUUGUAUGCCUAAUGUUGUGACGUAUAGGAUUUUUCUUUGUGGGUGUUUGAGAAAGAAACAGCUUGGAAGAUGCAAGAGAGUUCUUAGCAUGAUGAUCACAGAAGGUUGUUAUCCUAGUCCUAAUAUAUUUAACUCCCUUGUCAAUGCUUAUUGCAAAUCUGGAGAUUACAAUUAUGCCUAUAAAUUAUUGAGGAAAAUGGUAAAAUGUGGUUGUCAGCCUGGCUAUGUCGUUUAUAAUAUCUUGAUUGGUGGUAUAUGUGGCAAGGAAGAAUUACCUAACUCAGAUUUAUUGGAUUUGGCUGAAAAAGCUUAUGGCGAGAUGCUUAAUGCAGGGAUUGUAUUGAAUAAAGUGAAUGUUGUUAACUUUGCGUGGUGUCUUUGUGGUGCCAAAAGAUUUGAGAAGGCCCACAGUGUUAUAAAUGAAAUGAUGAGUAAAGGUUUUGUUCCUGAUACUAGUACAUACUCAAAAGUGAUUGGUUUUCUGUGUAAUUCCUCCAAGAUGGAAAAAGCAUUUUUGUUGUUUGAAGAAAUGAAAAGGAAUAGUGUUGUUCCCGAUGUCUAUACAUAUACUGUUUUGAUAGAUAGUUUUUGUAAAGCUGGCCUUAUUCAGCAGGCUCGCAAGUGGUUCGAUGAAAUGGUAGUAAAUGGUUGUUCUCCAAAUGUGGUGACUUAUACUGCUCUUCUACAUGCCUACCUUAAAGCUAGGAAAGUAUCUGAUGCAAAUAUUCUCUUUGAGAUGAUGUUAAAAGAUGGUUGUGUUCCAAAUGUCAUCACCUACACUGCUUUGAUCGAUGGCCAUUGUAAAGCUGGAGAAACUGAAAAAGCAUGUCGAAUUUAUGCGAGGAUGAAAGGUAGCAUGGACAGCCCUGAUUUAGAUCUUUAUUUCAGAGCUAGCGUUUGCAACAGUCAACCAAACCUCUUCACAUACGGAGCUUUGGUGGAUGGUUUGUGCAAAGCUCACAGGGUCAAAGAGGCCGGUGACUUGUUGGAAACCAUGUCAAGAGGAGGCUGUGAACCGAACCAUAUUGUGUAUGAUGCCCUUAUUGACGGCUUUUGCAAGGCUGGAAAGCUAGAUGAAGCACAAAACGUGUUCUCUAAAAUGUCGGAACAUGGCUAUACUCCAACCAUAUAUACGUAUGGCUCUUUCCUUGACAGGCUUUUUAAAGAUAAAAGACUGGAUCUUGUUUUGAAAGUAUUGUCCAAGAUGCUAGAAUUUUCAUGCGCCCCCAAUGUUGUUGUCUACACAUCGAUGAUAGAUGGCCUGUGUAAAGUGGGAAAGCUAGAUGAGGCCUCUAAGCUUAUGUUAAUGAUGGAAGAAAAAAGGUGUUACCCAAAUGUUGUAACUUAUACUGCAAUGAUUGAUGGGUUAGGGAAAGCUCGUAAAAUUGACAAAUGCCUUGAGCUCCUGAAAGAAAUGAGCUCCAAGGGUUGUGCUCCGAAUUUUAUCACUUACAGGGUUUUAAUUAGUCAUUGCUGUGCUGUGGGUCUCUUGGAUGAGGCUCAUAAGAUUUUGGUUGAAAUGAAACAAACGUAUUGGCCAAAGCAUAUGGCGAGCUACCACAAGGUUAUUGAAGGUUACAGCAGAGAGUUCCUAGCCUCUCUCGGGAUUUUAAACGAGGCUGGAAAACUGGAAGUGGCUUUGGAGUUGUAUGAGGAGAUUUCAUCCUCUACACACUUAACUCCUUUGAGCAGGAAUAUGUAUAAUUCAAUUAUUGAAAGCCUCUCAAAUACAAGUAAGUUUGGAAAGGGAUUUGAACUGUUUGCAGAUAUGUUAAGGCGGGGUGGAAUUCCGGAGUUAAGUACGUUUGUUCAACUUAUCAAAGGACUAACUCGAGUUAAUAAGUGGGAUGAAGCUCUUCAGCUAUCGGAUAGCAUAUGUCAGAUGGUUUGUCCUCUGACUCCUCUUUAA